AUGCCCGAUUUGCCACCGUUGUCAGAGGAAGAAAAGAAGGCCCGGGAACGGCGUCUGCAGGCGGCGCAUGAUCGGUAUGUGAAGAGCAUAGCGACAAUGCGCUCGCUACCGCGUCUGCAGUCGACAAUUGCCGGGGCCGGCGGAAAGACGAACGAGCAUGCUCGUCUUGCGGAGGAGCGGGAGAUGGAGCGGCGUCAGCGUCACCAGGCGGAGGCCGACCGCCUGCUAGAGCGCAAGGAGCGGGAAAAGGCGCACCAGGCCAAGGUGGAGGCGCUUGACGCAAGGCAGCAGAGAAAGCGGGCCAGGGCAGCCAAGAAGAAGGCCAAGAAGGCACGGGUGCGUUUGGAGAACGGAGAAAGGGUAAGCUCCGCACCUUCCGACGACGAGGAGGAGGAGGAGGCGAGUGGCAGGGAGGGUGCCGUGGAGGUUGAGGAGGGGAAGAGCUGA